AUGAAUCCGGGAGAGUUUAACCCGGGCGCGGGGCCUGGCCGGCCAGCCCCGACUGUCGCCAUGAGGAUGAAUCCCAAUAUGCAAGCGCCUAAAAAUGAGAAUGUACAAGCCAUGAUGAACCACGUCGUGCAAAUGUUGCAAAGCCAAGGACCAUACGGGGGCUGGAAGGGAGAAGUCGACGUGAAAAUCAGAGCGGGAAAUGUUUAUCAAAUGAUCACAUCGCUCCGCCUGAUUCAAUCUCGAAUCGAUCUCAACCAAGCAGCCUUUGCAGCCAUGAACUUCGAGCUAAAAGCGUUUACCAAAGCCAACGAGAAGAGCGAAUAUGACAAGGAAUGCACAGAGAAGCUAUUACAGAUUCGAACCACUCGAGAGCGACAGGCGGCCGCCGCGUACCAAAGCGGUAUGAUGCCACAGGCGGGUGGGCAGAAUCAGAUUCCGGGAAAUUUCCCCCAGCACCUCAAUCAGAACAUGCAGGGGUCCCCAUCCGGCCAGCCGCAGAUGGCGAUGGGAAUGAAUGGGCCAAACGCGCAGACUGCAAUGCAACAACGGCAGCAACAACAGCAACCUCAACCUCAACAGCAACCGCGACCUCAACAACGCCCGGUGAAUGGCGUUCCUCUCCCCGACGAUCUCAAUACUCUUUCAGCACAAGACUCGGAUCAUGUCAAUCGACUAGCCAAUGAGAUGUUGAAUAAAACCUCCCAUGAAGACAUGGAAAAGAUCAAGAUGAAUUUGUCAAACAUGACGCCAGAGCAGCGCCAAUACUUAGCCCGAAAGAAGCUCGAGCCCAUGACCUAUUUCUUCCGUUCCCAAGCCCUCAACCAGAUCAGACGUCAUCGCCGUGCCCGUCUCGAAAUGGGACGCGCGCCAAACACUGGGGUGGAUGCGAACGGUAAUAUGAUAGGCGACCCAAUGGUCAAUUCACAACAGCAGCGGAUGCUGCAAAACAUGCUGAACCUCCAGCGUAACUCUGCAUUCCCCGGCAACACUGGCCAGUCGAUGGAGCCCCCGAAUUUCAUGGGAAAUGUGGAAAACAUCCAAGGACAACAAGCAGAUGGCCUGCGCUCCCAGGAAGCUGGCCAACUAGUGGUUCCUGCCAGCUCAUCACAGAUGAACCAGGCAGCAUUCCCGAACAAUAAUAAUAAUAUGUUCCCGCAACAACAGAUGGGACAGAAUGGCCAGGGGAAUAUGAAUGGUAACAACGCCAAUGCCAACGCCCAGGCUCAGUCGCUUGCACAGCAACAUCUGCAGGGUGGUUUCAAUACGCCCCAGGAACGAAUGCAAUUUCAGACACAGCAAGCCCAAGCCCAAGCUCAAGCUCAGGCCCAGGCGCGCGCACAAGCAGCCCAGAAAGCCCAGAUGGCAAUCUCAGGUCACGGUGGCCCGGCGAACCCUCAAGCACAGUCACAACUUACCGGACAGAGCCCCGUCAUGCCCAUGCUCAACCAGCCAAUGGCUCCAACUCAGAUGUCUCCAGCCCAGGCACCUGCUCAAGCCCGACCACCAUCCCGAGCCCCAAAUAUGGGCCAGCACCCAUCUGGUGUUGCAGGACAGACUCCGAUGCAAGGCCGACCCCAAAUACCCACCAACUUCCCACCUCACAUUCAAGAACAACUUGCGCGCAUGUCCACAGAACAGGCACAGGCUUUCAUUAUGCAGCAGCGUCGUGCCGCUUUGAACAGCAUGGCUCGGGCCAACUCCGGUCAGCCUCCACAACCAGGUCUAGGUCAAUCGAUGAUGAACAACCAGAUGGGCAAUGCUAUGAUGCGAGGCUCGAUUAGUGGCCCACAAGAUUUGAACCCUGCUGGAAUGCCUCAGGGACAGCAGAUGACUCCACAGCAGCGCCAACAACGGCAGAAUGAAGCCUAUAAGCUUCAUUUACUGCGGCAGCAAAAUAAUGGCGUGGAAAUGACUCCUGAGCAAGGAAAGCAAAUGGACCGCGUGUCGUUCCCACCAUCCAUCUUGAAUAUGAACGGCACUUCGAUGCAAGUUCCUAAUAACAUCAAGUCAUGGGGCCAACUCAAGCAAUGGGCUGCUUCAAACCCUCAAGUUGCGAGCCCAAAUGACUUGCCGCGCCUUAUGAUGCUUCAAAAGCUUCAUCUCGGCCAGCUACUCUCCGCUUCAGCCGGCCAAGUCAAGCCUCCGAAUGGCCCGGGCCAAGGAGCUACUCCUUUCCAGAGUACUCCGACGCCGCUUGCCAAUGGACAGGGCUUCCCUGGGGCUCAGCAGCAGCCUAACAUCAACAUGGCAGCUAUGCGACCGAUCUCUGCCCAAGACAUUCAAAUGGCACGCCAAAAGCUUGGACCACAGGCUUCCAACUUGACCGACGAGCAGAUUCGCGAGAUCUUGUACCGAAAUCGCCAAAAAUAUAUGAUGCAAGCCGCACAGAACCGGGCACUGCUAGAAGGAAACGCACAGCCUGGCCAAGUUGGCCAAGCGGCCGCACAACCCCCAGUUCCUGCAGCACUGCCCGUUCCACAAGUUAAGCAACAGGCCCCCCAAUCCCAGCAGCCACAACCGACUGCUGGUCCCCAGGCAGCGAGUGCAAAGGCUCAACUUGGAGCCGCAGCAGCUAAAGGCGCUAAGGCAGCUGCCGGUAAGCAGGCUUCGAAGAAGCGGCCUAGUACAGAUGAUGCUGCACCCGCCACAACUACCCAAAUCAGCCAACCUACACCUGUACCAGGUGCUCCAGUGGCUUCCGCUCCAAGGCCAGGACUUUCUCAAUUUACACAGGAACAGCUUGCACAAAUGAAUCCCCAACAACGCGCCCAGGUCGAGGCACACAUGCGGAGGCAACAGCAGCAACCUCGGGGUCAGGUUCUCAGCCGAGCUGCUGCAGAUGAAGCGUGGAAUCGAAACCUACCGCCACAGAUCAUGGAGGUUUACAAUGAGAUCGCCAAGAGUGCUCCAUCUGCAGAACCGAAAAAGCUCAACCCGGAGCAAAAAGCUGCCAUGACCAAGCAAUUACGUGAGUCGUUGGACGUUCUAGGUCGCCUGGAUGCCCUAGUACAGUGGUUUUCCAAGAUGAAAGGGCAGGAGGUUAAUGUGAAAAACCUACUUGCGAUGCGCAUCCAAUUGAUGAGACAGUUCAAACCAUCACAGGACUGGGUCAUCAAUGAUAAUUUCACCAUCGACCCUGAAUACCUCACCGGCGCAAUCCUUUUCAUGCGCAAGUUGUUCGCAGCAAUGAUUAAUCGUAUGCAACAGAACCAGGGGCGUCCCCAACCCACACAAGGCCCUGGUUCCAACGCACCGACCGCACAAGGGAACAUGCCAGCACUGAAUGCAACCAACCUGCAGCAAUUGCAAGCACAAGAAGAAGCCCUUCAACGAGCUCGGCGCGCCUCUAGCCAGUCUGUGAACGCCCCAGCCGCACCUUUCGCGGCCCCAUCUCCCAGGGGCGUUCCCCAAUAUGCACCAGGAGGACUCGCGCCUGAGAACCUCAAGCUGCCUCCUCCCAAAAGACGUAAGCAGUCUCAUGUGGCAUCGUCUCCGAUUCAAGCCAAUGCAGUUCCUGGCGCUCCAGCGAAAUACAACAAGGCGGGGGCGGAUGCUACAUCCAAUGCAGCAGCUCUGGCUGGUGCUUUCAAGUGCAAUGUAGUUGAAUGCCCUAAUCACUACCAAGGGUUGCCUUCACAAGCUGCCUUGGACAAGCACGUCGAAGAAAGCCAUCAGCCCGAAGAAGAGGAAAUCAUCGACGAUUAUCUCAAAUAUUACCAUGAGAGUCUCUCAAUUGGUCUCGGCUUGAACCCCAACGAUAUUAUGGAAGCCCAGCAAGCGGCCGCAAUGGGUCCGGCGCCACCCUCGACUAAAUUCAGUGCCGCUCCCUCCCCGGCCAAACAGAGUAUUGCCACCCCGGUCAUUGCCAACGCUACUCCCAUGGCCCGAGUCACCAGUCAACUCGGGAUCAAGACAGCAUCCCCGGCUACGUCAGCCCAAAUGCUCACCCCGCAAUUGUCAACUGGCAAGGUAGCGAAGCCUGUUGACAAGGACGGAAAGAAAGACAUCAUCAAGUCAGAGCUGCAAGAUGAGACCAAGGACGCUUGGGCAGAGUGUCCCACAUCCCUCGACGCCAUCUACGAUACUUUCUCCAACUUUGCGAGCAAGGACCUGCCUCGCCUGGGUUUCGAGCCCCUUGAAGAUAUCGACAUGAACGAAAGCACUCCAGUGGAAGACUGGUUCAACGUGGCUACUUUGACUCCCACCCAGGAGGAGGAGGCCGCUUUCGAAGCCAAGUUCUACGAACCCUGGGACGAAGAGUCUAUUGCAAUCGCCGCGGCGCGAAUGCGCAUUCCCCCCGAGAUCCAAGUCAAGGACAAGGGCCCAAUGGGACAACUCGAGGUUGACUGGGCUGCCGUUGCGCGUUAUGAAAAAGAAGGAAUUUCCAUCCCCAUGUGUUGA